GCUAGUGCGUGUUGACGUCAUGCUGCGUGCGGGCCGGUGCGGAAUCGCUCCUUCAACUCCGCGGGGCAGUAGGAGUUAGUUAGCAAAGAGCCGAGGCCGGGCGCGCGACCCUCGUCCUUCUGCCCCUGGCCGCACACUUUGCGCACAUCCCUUUUUCUGCAUGGUGGAUAUUAUUUUUCAUUAUCCUUUUCUGGGUGCUAUGGGUGAUCAUUCCAAGAAGAAGCCCGGGACGGCCAUGUGCGUGGGCUGCGGGAGUCAGAUCCACGACCAGUUUAUCCUGCGGGUGUCGCCCGACCUCGAGUGGCACGCGGCCUGCCUCAAGUGCGCCGAGUGCAGCCAGUACCUGGACGAGACGUGCACGUGCUUCGUGAGAGACGGGAAGACCUACUGCAAGCGGGACUAUGUCAGGCUGUUCGGCAUCAAGUGCGCCAAGUGCCAGGUGGGCUUCAGCAGCAGCGACCUGGUGAUGAGGGCGCGGGACAGCGUGUACCACAUCGAGUGCUUCCGCUGCUCCGUGUGCAGCCGCCAGCUGCUGCCUGGGGACGAGUUCUCGCUGCGGGAGCACGAGCUGCUCUGCCGCGCCGACCACGGCCUCCUGCUCGAGCGCGCCGCGGCCGGCAGCCCGCGCAGCCCCGGCCCGCUUCCCGGAGCCCGCGGCCUGCAUCUGCCAGACGCUGGGUCGGGCCGGCAGCCCGCGUUGCGCCCGCACGUGCACAAGCAGACGGAGAAGACGACCCGCGUGCGGACUGUGCUGAACGAGAAGCAGCUGCACACUCUGCGGACCUGCUACGCCGCCAACCCGCGGCCCGACGCUCUCAUGAAGGAGCAGCUGGUGGAGAUGACCGGCCUGAGCCCGCGGGUCAUCCGCGUCUGGUUCCAGAACAAGCGCUGCAAGGACAAGAAGAAAUCCAUUCUCAUGAAGCAGCUGCAGCAGCAGCAGCACAGCGACAAGACGAGCCUUCAGGGACUGACCGGGACGCCCCUGGUGGCGGGCAGCCCCAUCCGCCAUGAGAACGCCGUGCAGGGCAGCGCAGUGGAGGUGCAGACGUACCAGCCGCCGUGGAAGGCGCUCAGCGAGUUUGCCCUCCAGAGCGACCUGGACCAACCCGCCUUCCAACAGCUGGUCUCCUUCUCCGAGUCCGGCUCCCUAGGCAACUCCUCCGGCAGCGACGUGACCUCCCUGUCCUCGCAGCUCCCGGACACCCCCAACAGUAUGGUGCCGAGUCCCGUGGAGACGUGAGGGGGACCCCUCCCUGCCAGCCCGCGGACCUCGCAUGCUCCCUGCAUGAGACUCACCCAUGCUCAGGCCAUUCCAGUUCCGAAAGCUCUCUCGCCUUCGUAAUUAUUCUAUUGUUAUUUAUGAGAGAGGACCGAGAGACACGGUCUGGACAGCCCAAGGCGCCAGGAUGCAACCUGCUUUCACCAGACUGCAGAUCCCUGCUCCGAGGACUCUUAUUUUUUCAAAACCAGAAUUUGGGACUUACCAGGGUUAGCUCUGCCCUCUCCUCUCCUCUCCGCGUGGCCGCCGCUCUGUCUCUCCACGCCCCACCUGUGUCCCCACCUCGGCCGGCCCGGAGCUCGCCCACGCGGACCCCCGCCCUGCCCCCGGUCCGCGCUCCCUGGCGGCUUCGCCCGGGCUCCUAGCGGGGAAAAGGAAGGGGAUAACUCAGAGAAACAGACACUCAAACUCCCAAAACGCAUGAUUGCUGGGAAACAGUAGAAACCAGACUUGCCUUGAAAGUGUUUAAGUUAUUCGACGGAGGACAGAGUGUGUGAGCCUUUGCCGAACAAACAAACGUAAGUUAUUGUUAUUUAUUGUGAGAACAGCCAGUUCAUAGUGGGACUCGUAUUUUGAUCUUAAUAAAAAAUAAUAACCCGGGG